AUGGCUCUUGGUCACAAAACGAGCUUCUUGACGCAUUCGAAAGACACCAAGAAACAGUUAUGGCCAGGUAGGUUUGCUUUCUUCAUUGACGGUGUGGAUGAGUACGUUGGAGACCCAGCAGAAAUUGCACGCCUUUUGAAGGCAUUUGUAACAUCCGCAGAUGUUAAAAUUAUCGUCUCGAGUCGACCUUGGACAGAGAUUGAGACGUUCAUCGACCCAAUCCCUGGUCAAUUGCUGCCCUUGCAUUACUUCACCCGAGAAGACAUUCAACGUUAUACUUAUGACUUGAUUACCCACCAUCCUGAUUUCCGCAUCCCACAAAUAGACAAACGUUAUUGGAAUCUUAUCGAGCAAAUAUCCAACAAAUAUAGAGGUGUCUUUCUCUGGGUUGUCCUCACUGUCAGGGAGAUACUGAAAGGGUUGACACAUCAAGAUACGAUUCCUGAACUGGAAGCUAGACUAGAGGAUAUUCUACCUAGCCUCGAUGAAGUUUUUGACCGGAUGCUAGAUACCAUCGAGAAAUGUUAUCGCCGCCAAACAUCACCAAUCGUCCAAAUGUGUUUGGUUGCGAGAGGUAUUUGGCCACUAAUAACCUUUGCAUUUUUAGAUGAGGAACAGAAUAAUCCUAAUUAUGCAUUACUCGCAAAAUUAAAGCCAUGGUCAGUUGAUCACUACGAGAGAGAGAAAUACAUUACAAGAAAACGGGUUAAAGCUCUUUGUCGUGGCUUCCUGAAGUUCGAUCUGAACUUCCAUUAUCUAGCAUCCCCUGAGUGUCAUGUUGCUUUUCUGCACAGAACAGUGGAGAAUUUUUUUCUGCGGCCUGCUAUGCAAAAGAUUUUGUUGGGUUGGACAAAAGAUCCAUUUGAUCCUCAUCUGUCACUGUGUCGCUCUUUUACCAUGCAAUUGAAAGUCUUCCCACCGACCGAAGAGAAAGACCUGACGUUUAGCUUGAGAUACAAUCGUAACUGUGAUAGCCCGCUAGUAUCAAAAAUAUCAUUCUUUAUACAUCACAUCAAAAAGCCAGCUAUUCGCGGCAAUGCAACAGUAUUUGCACUGAUUGAAGAGGUUGAUCGAAUUGCAAUUGAUCGGUCCGCCAGCGACAAUUUCAUCAGAUUAUUGAUGAUGGAUUACCAAAGGCGCUGGGAACAGGGCUGGAUUCUGGCUUUGUGCGUGCGGCGCGCAUGCCUGACGAAACGCGAAUCUUUGUCCACCGACUCAUACAGAGGAAGACCUAUCAAUGGAAUAUGGGCUGAAUUCAUAGAACUUUGGUUUCGGGAACGAAUUCGGGUUGAGUAUCAUGUUAGUAGCAAGAUUCGAACUGAAAUAUUUAGAUUGUUUCUCGAUCAUGGUGCCGACCUUUCGGUAAAAAUUAUUGUUCGGCAAGAAGAGAAGGGAGUGACAAAAUCAUACAUGCACUAUAGCCUAUCUGAAUAUCUUGAGAAAGUACCCCCCGAUUCAGCUGAAUGCUACAAACUUCUUCUCGAACGAAUGGAGGAAAUUGAAUCAAUAAAUAAAAGGAGCGAAAUGCCAAGGUGGCGGAUUAAUCUACCGCGUAUUCUGGGGUACAUGUUAGGGGUGGAAACUGAAGUGUUCGAUUUGAUUUUCGUCAAUGUUAUCAUUAUCGGUCUAGAGAUGCUACAAAGAUAUGUCUAA